AAAUUAGCUAUACGAUCAUUUCAUUGAACUUUAAACAAUAAUUCAUUUUAGCGAGUUAUAAUAACAAAUAAUCUCAUAUAUGAGUCAUUAAAUUUGUCUGUGACCUCGUCCGUCUCGGAAAGAAUAGCGGAGUGUAUGAUCUGUCUCGGGUCAGUGCUUAAUUUGAUCACGAGGUGGUAGCACCGAGUAUGGUUCUCUACGUGAAGGAUAUUGAAAUAUCAUGAAUGUUCGUAUAUUCAAAUCUCAUUGUGAUUUGAGCGAAGGACUAUAGUAAUAAAAGGAACGCGAUAGGUUCGCGAAGAUAAUACAAUGCACCAAACAGAUAAGAGGCGUUUCUCCCUCUGAUGCAAAACAGUUGAUAUUGACAGCUCGAUCCGGGAUAACCUCUUGCUCCAAUCGACAGCUAGAGGCAACGCUUGUCACGUUUUAACUCGACGAUUACCGAAACGUUUUGCGACGAUGGCAUGUCUUUUGUUGAAUCAGGAGAACGUGCACAUUAAAAUACCAUCGGCUGACACUGUUGACGGCAUCACUUAUUACUGCAUCGAGGUUAGGAUUGCUUCGAUCAAAUGGACUGUAAAGCACAGAUACAAUGACUUUGCUGAGCUUCAUGAUAAACUUGUCUCAGAGAAUUAUGUUAAAAAAGAUAUAUUGCCACCAAAGAAACUUAUUGGAAAUAAGUGUGAAGCUUUUGUAGAAAAACGUAGACUCAACUUAGAGAUCUAUCUGAAUGAAGUGUACAAUUAUUUGAAGAAAGCAAUGCCUAGAGAAUUGGCUGUAUUUCUGCAUAUGCACAUAUAUGACAUAUUUUUCCUACUGCAGAGUAUGGCUUUAGAAUUUUUUACAGAGGGCAACAAUUUGCUACAAAAGUCUAAGACUUACAAGUUUAAUUUAAUACAGCUAUAUGCGAUUAGCGAGAGAUUAAAACAACCCUGUCCACCGAUUGAAGUUGUUGACAGAAAAUAUGAUUUCAGUCAUGUUUUGGACUUUAAUUCUCAUUUGACUGGUCUCAUCGUUGAAGGAAGCUCAGAGCCUUAUAGAACCAGCAAUAUUUAUUCCUCAGCGUUAUCCAUCGAACUAUCAAGUUUCAAGAAUAUAGAAGAAUUAACUAUCAAUCAGUAUCCAGUAGAUAAAAUAUACAAUAUGGGCAAUCUUCGCGACACAGUGAAGUAUUUGAAAGUAAACAACACGAAGCUCAGGAAUAUCGUCGAAUUGGCGAUGUGCGAAGAAGUGCACAAGAAUAUCGAAAAUGCGAAUGAUUCUCAUGUCUGGUUCAAGGUCACUCAUUUGGAUCUCAGCGAUAAUAGGAUAGAAGUGAUUGAUGAAGCGAUUAAAUUAUUACCUCAAAUCGAAUGCUUGACUUUAAACAAUAAUCUGCUCUCUGAAAUUUCGAAUGUCACCCUAUUGCCGAGAUUGUCCCAGUUGUACCUGGCGUCGAACAAUUUCUCAACUCUACCGGAUGAUCUGCAUACGAAACUUGGUUAUAUAGUGUACAUUGACCUCUCUCAGAACAAAUUAACAUCGUUAUCGAGUUUCUCGAAAUUGUAUUCAUUAGAAGGCUUAGACGUGAGUUGCAAUCGUAUCGAGAGGAUCGAAGAGGUGAAGAACAUUGGGCAUCUGCCUUGUUUGGAGAAUUUGAGAUUAACUGGAAAUCCAGUGUCGACAAUUGUCGACUACAGGGUGAAAGUAUUGGAGCCGUUUGGGAAAAGGGCGGCGGACAUUUGUUUAGACAAUGAAAAACCAAAUCAGAAAGAGCUGGACACUGUUUCAGUUCACCAAGCGUUACGCAUUGCAAGAGAAGGAAAAUCACCCACAUUCACUGCUUCUGAUGCGCCUUUGUUCUCCGCGGAAAUUCCAAAUAUAUAGGAUCGGGUAAAUUAUGAUAUUUCAAACGAAGAAUUUCCAUAAAAAUAGAUUUUGGUAUGGACUUAUUAUUGAUCUGAAUUUUUUUCGAGAAUAUGAAAGAAUCUUUUUAUACGUUUGAAUUUUAAUAAAACGUAAACCACCAAUACUAUACAUCUUUCCCAUGCUCUAGAAGUAACAUUACAUUAAUAAAAUAGAAUUUAAUUGAUUUAGGCGAAAAGAUUUGUAAAUGAAAUUAAACUCUUGUUAAAAACGGCGAACAUUCAAGAUUCGUUCGUGUGUCGUCUAUAGUGUUUUUAUAUGAUAUUUAUUAUCCGUCUACCGUGUCGGUGCUUUUUAUUACCUUUUAAUAUGUAACCUAAUCAGUAUAAUAUAUACCAAAACAAUAACCUAUAGCUUAAGCCUUAGGUCGUGAAUCUUAGAUGUCUUUAUUCAGUCUAAAUAUUAAAGAAAUUUGAAUAAUAAUUAAGGAAAUAAUCAGUCUCUGUUCGAGGAUAACGUGCCACUUGUCUAUAUAAAAAUGAAAUUUGUAAAAUUCUGCUGUGUACAUAAUUAUUUUUAAAUUGUAUAUUACGUAUUAUCGUCAUAUAUGUAUUUUUUAUACGAACUCCGAAUGCGAAAUAGAAGACUCGAAUAGACGAUAUGUAUUUAUUUAUAAUUUAUUGCAUCGGGAAAUUUGGUUUGUAUUAUACAAAUAAUUUACGUAGUGAUUCUCAAACUCUAUUUAUACUUCGCGCAAUGAAUGUAAGUAAUUUGCAGAAAUAAGAAAAAUUUGUAUUGAAAAUUGCUGCUUCUACUAGUAAUUAUCUUGAAUGAUAUUUAAUUAUUGUUAUGCAUUUGCAAACAAUAUUUACAUUGCAUUCUACGUAUUAUCUAUGAUGCGAUUGAAAAUACCCUUGAAUCAAUGCGACCACACGGAUCAUCAAUGUUUAUUAUUUAUUGUGUAAAUCUUUAAAACAAUAUUAUUUUGAAAGGUGUAACCGCGUUUGGUGUAACAAUUUUAUAAUGGUUCAACAUAAACUACAUAUGUAUAUAAGAAGAUCGAAUAUUUUGUUAAUAAAUAAUUUGAAAUCAAUAAACUGUGAUAAUUCGUUGAUAAGGUUUUUUCUUUGUUAAUUUUCAAUUGUUGAUGAUAAUCAAUUGUAAUUAAAUGGCUAACAAUAAGUUAUUUCCAUUCUGAGUGAACUAAAAAACUUAGACGAACUGGUUAAUUUUUAAGUUCAUUUUUAUUUAAACUUUCACAUUGCUCGCAUUACCUUUUAAAUAUCAUACGUAUCUCGAUAAUAGUAAAAUAUUCAUAAAUAAUAAUAAUAAUAAUCAUAAUUGUAAUAAUGAUCAUUACAAUGCUUAACAUACUCUAAGCAUUCUCGUGUUAUAGUCUUUUAAUGUAGUACACCUAAAAAUUAACACAUACGUUAAGUUACCGUUUUACAGAUCAUCGUUUACGGAUUUUUGCGUUAUGUUGAAUUUUUUUUUUUCCUGACAAACCUCGAGAUUUUUGCACAAGCCUCGCAAUGAUUUUUCCUAUGUUAUUCGUGCCUUUCACGAAACACAACCUAGCAACACUUGCAAUUCUUUAUUUUUUUUUUUUUUUUCUUUUU